GAGCGCCCAGCGGCGGGGGCUGCCCCGCGGGGGGACCCGGCGCUCCGGUGUCCGCAAUCGCCCGGCGAGGGAAGGGCUGCCGGGCUGCGCUGCGGAGCCGCACCGAGUUCAGAGUCUCUCCGCGCAACUUGGGUUACGCGGCCGGACCUCUGCGGACUGGUGCUGGGCUUCCAGAGCGCGAUUGCCUUUCCGUCGUCUCGCGGCUGCAAAAGCAGAUAAUUGACUAAAUCCAACAGAAAUAAAACAAACUCAGGCUACCUAAAAGUUAGGAUACCUUUUUUCCCCCCUCCCCGUUUCUUUUACAAUUUUAUUCCCUAUGUGGAAGUCGUGUGUGAUUCGCGCUCGGCACACUGCAUGGGAAGAAGCGGCUGGUGCUUUGGAUCGAGGAUUUGCUAUUGCAAAGCGGUCUAACUUCCAUGCAGUGGGGCAGCCUUCGCUACUCUGAACGCCUUGAUGAUGUGCUGAGGAGCCCAUGUAGAUUGGCAUCUUGUGCAGAGAAGGCACUUAAGCUCCUCCUGGCGUUCUCCACGGACACUCAUUAGUCAUUCUGGAGAUGGACUUGCUGUCUGGAUCCUACCUCCUGGCAGUCCUGUUGGCCUGCAUCGUGUUCCAAUCUGGCGCGCAGGAGAAGAAUUACACCGUGCGGGAAGAGCUGCCCGAAAAUGUCCUCAUUGGCAACCUGCUCAAGGAUCUCAACCUAACGCUGGACCCCGACGUGCCCCUGUCCUCCCCCCUGCAGUUCAAGCUGGUGUACAAGACCGGGGACGUGCCCCUGGUGAGGGUGGAGGAGAACACCGGGGAGAUCUUCACGGCCGCCAACCGCAUCGACCGCGAGAAGCUGUGCGCCGGCAUCUUCAGCGAGAACCGCUGCUUCUACGAGGUGGAGGUGGCCGUGCUGCCUGACGAGGUGUUCAGGCUGGUCAAGAUCAGGUUCCUGAUCGAGGAUAUAAAUGACAACGCCCCCCUUUUCCCCUCGACAGUCAUUAACAUCUCCAUCCCGGAGAACACGGCCAUUAAUUCCCGCUACUCUGUCCCGUCUGCCAUCGACCCGGACAUCGGCGUGAACGGAAUCCAGCAUUAUGAGCUCCUCAAGCCCAAAACAGCUCCGAAAAGGACAUUUGGAUCCAUUACAAAUGACCAGGGUCAAAAUGUGUUUGGUCUUGACAUAACUGAGACACCUGAGGGAGACAAGUGGCCUCAACUGAUUGUCCAGCAGAUCCUGGAUAGGGAGCAGAAGGACACCUAUGUGAUGAAAAUCAAAGUUGAAGAUGGUGGGAGCCCCCCGAGGUCCAGCACCGCCAUCCUGCAGGUGACGGUGACCGACGUCAACGACAACCGGCCGGUGUUCAAGGAGAACGACAUCGAGGUCAGCGUGCCCGAGAACGCCCCCGUGGGCACCUCCGUGUCCCAGCUCCACGCCACCGACGCUGACCUGGGCUCCAAUGCACAGAUCCACUUCUACUUCAGCAACCAGAUCUCCAGCCUGGCCAAAAGGCUCUUUGCCAUCGAUAACACCACUGGGCUCAUCACCAUCAGGGAGCCCCUGGACAGGGAGGAGUCCCCUGUGCACAAACUGACUGUUCUGGCAAGCGAUGGCAGCUCCACCCCGUCAAGAGCCACGGUGACUGUAAAUGUCACAGACAUUAAUGACAAUGUCCCAUCAAUAGACACCAGGUACAUCAUCAACCCCGUGAAUGGGACAGUGCUUUUGUCUGAGAAGGCUCCCCUUAAUACAAAAAUUGCUUUGAUAACAGUGAUGGACAAGGAUGCUGACCAGAAUGGGAAAGUUACCUGUUUUACAGAUCAUGAUGUUCCUUUCAGGCUAAAGCCAGUGUUUGAUAAUCAGUUUCUCCUGGAGACAGCCACCUUUUUAGACUAUGAAGCUACACGGGAAUAUGCCAUCAAAAUAGUGGCUUCAGAUUCAGGGAAGCCUCCCUUAAACCAGUCUGCAAUGCUCCUGAUCAAAAUUAAGGAUGAAAACGACAACGCCCCAGUUUUCACCCAGCCCAUCAUAGGCCUUUCCAUCCCUGAAAACAACGCUCCUGGCACUCAGCUGACCAAGAUCAGCGCUACAGAUGCUGACAGCGGGCGGAAUGCCGAGAUCAGCUACAUCCUGGGUCCCGAUGCACCCGCGAUUUUCAACCUGGACCGCCGCACAGGCAUCCUGACAGCAGUGAGAAAGCUGGACAGAGAAAAGCAAGACAGGUACAGUUUCACUGUGCUGGCUAAGGAUAAUGGGAUGCCACCUUUGCAGACCAAUGCCACCGUGACGGUGUCGGUGCUGGACCAGAACGAUAACAGCCCUGCUUUCACACAUAAUGAAUAUAAUUUCUAUGUGCCAGAAAACCUGCCCAUGUAUGGCACAGUGGGGCUGAUCACAGUUACGGAUGCUGACGCGGGAGACAACGCUGCAGUCACUCUCUCUAUCUUAAAUGGCAGAGAUAAUUUCAUUAUAGAUCCACUCACUGGCGUAAUAAGGCCUAAUAUCACCUUUGAUAGGGAGCAGCAGGGGUCAUACACUUUCCAGGUGAAAGCAGUGGAUGGUGGAAGACUGCAGCGUUCCUCAACUGCCAAAGUGACCAUCAAUGUUGUCGAUGUAAAUGAUAACAGGCCCGUUUUUGUUAUUCCCUCCUCUAAUUAUUCCUAUGAGCUGGUCCCAACGUCAGCCAGCCCGGGCUCUGUGGUCACUAAAGUCUUUGCGGUUGAUAAUGACACGGGAAUGAACGCAGAGCUCCGCUAUAGCAUCAUAGGGGGGAACUCCAGGGGCUUGUUUACCAUUGACCAAUUAACAGGCAAUAUCACUUUGAAGGAGAAGGUAAUUACAUCAGAUCAUGGCCUGCACCGACUGGUGAUCAAGGUGAACGACCUGGGACAGCCGGAGUCUCUUUACACCAUAGCUCUUGUGCACUUGUUUGUGAACGAGACGGUCACCAACAGCUCCUACGUGCAAGAGCUGGUGCGUAGGAAUAUGGAAACUCCAGUUGGCCAGAACAUUGGGGAUGGUGAGAUAACCCCACAGACCAAUGAUUACGUCAAGAUCAUCAUUGCCAUUAUUGCAGGCACCAUGACAGUUAUUCUGGUAAUUUUUGUUACCGCCUUAGUCCGGUGCCGCCAGACGCCCAGGCACAAGGUUGUCCAAAAAAAUAAGCAGAGUGGUGAAUGGGUUUCCCCCAACCAAGAGAACAGGCAGAUCAAGAAAAAGAAGAAGAAGAAGAAGCGCUCUCCAAAGAGUCUCCUCCUCAACUUUGUGACUAUUGAAGAAUCUAAGCCUGAUGAUCCUGGCCACGAGCACAUAAAUGGCACUUUAGACAUUCCCGUAGAGCUAGAAGAACAGACUAUGGGAAAAUAUAACUGGGCCACCACACCAACCACAUUUAAACCUGAUAGCCCAGACUUAGCAAAGCACUACAAGUCUGCUUCUCCGCAGCCUACCUUUCAAAUUAAACCUGAGACUCCUGUACCCCCCAAGAAGCACCAUGUCAUUCAGGAAUUGCCUCUAGACAACACCUUUGUGGUGGGCUGUGACUCACUUUCCAAGUGCUCAUCCAGCAGCUCGGACCCUUACAGUGUUUCUGAAUGCAGCUGUCAAGGAGGCUUCAAGACCCCAGGCCCCAUACACACCAGACAGCACACAAAAGAAGUGGGAAGGCCACAAACUCCUCUGAAAGAAACGACCCUGGAGCCCUGGACUCAGCCACAGCCCCAGCGCCGUGUCACCUUCCACCUGCCAGAUGGCUCCCAGGAGAGCUGCAGUGACAGCGGGCUCGGAGAGCACGAGCCCAGCAGCGGGGCCAGCGCGUCCCACCCGCUGCCCCUGGGCUUCCCCCAGGACGAGUUCUACGAGCAGGCAUCGCCCAACAGCCGCACCGAGGGAGACGGCAACUCCGACCCCGAGUCCACUAUCGAAGUGAACCUGCAGAAAGCUCUGGCCGAAGCCUCUGAGAACUGCACGCAGGAGUGCCUCAUCCUCGGCCACUCCGACAACUGCUGGAUGCCGCCGGCCCUGACGCAGUUCCAGCAGCCCAACCCCUCCUUGCCCUCGUUUGGCUUCCAGCAAGGCUGGGGCCGGGGAGCCAGGCCCGAGGGGCGCCACACUCUCGGGAGGCCCCUGCCAAAGGACGACAGUGACAAAGGCCAGGCAGGGCCCAGGCCCCAGUUCUACAACACCUGCGAAAGACAUUGCGCCGGCGAGGAUCCCGUCAAGGUCAUUCCCCUGGCAAACUUCGCCGCCUCCCACCCGGCGCCGGGGGCCAGCAGCAGCACCACGUUUAUACACGAGCACCAGCUGUGAAUGCAGAUGUGGCAAAUCCCCAAUUUCAGGCUUUAAGUGUGACUGUGGAGGGUCACGGCCUAGCGCCGCUCCUCGGGCGCGUACAAACUCGUUAGGCUUGUGAAUAUUUGUGUAUAUAGAAUCCUAAAGCUGAAAGAGGAAAUCUAAAUCCUUAGGACCCGGUUGAAAGGUGUUCACUGUAGUUCUUGGUAAAAUCCAGAAAAUGGGGAAGAGAACCCACAACCCAGAAACAAUCAGAAGAACAAAAUCCUGUUCAUGUUCUUACAUGGGCCAUGCAGUGCAAAUAUCUGCCAGCAGUUCUUUCUCCCUUUGAAGGCAAUUCCUUAGUACGGUUUGGGGAAUAUUGCAGUCUAAAAAUAGCUUACUCAAAUUUUUCUUUGUUGUUAUAAUUUAUAGCAUAUUCAUAGAUUUCAUCUUCCAUUUGCUUAGCUUUAGAGAUCAAGUGAGCAAUUUCUCAUUUGAUUGCUUGACAUAAUAGAAUUAAUAAGAUCCUAAAAUCCAAUUCUUCAGAAGGAUGGUAUAUCUUCCCACUAAAAUUUAUCUUUUAUAUAAUUAAGAAGGAGAAUGUACGUGACAACUGAUUUUUAUUUUAAUUUUUAUUGGCUCAAUGUACAGGUAUUUAUUCUCUGAAAGAAUGCAAUAGAUGAAAUAGAAAGCUCUCAACUAGGCUUUUCUGUGUGAAAUAAACAACGUGACAAUGAGAGGACAUCCAAGAUAAAAAAUGGAAACAAAUAACAACUUUUUUUAAUUUCCAAGAUUUUCCUUUCUAUAAUAAUUCAAGGAACAAUAUUAUACUUAUUAUAUUUUUUAAGCCAUAAGUCUAUUUCUCUCUUUUUAUUUUUUUUUUCUUUUUUUUCGUCUUGCUGAGCUUGCUUGGCUACUGUUCCUGUUAGUUGAAAAUUACAUGGGCACUGCUGAAAACAGUAGGAAGUGGGGUAGUUUUUUUGGCUGGUGUGAUGUCGUGGCAGCAAGCUACUGGUGUUUUAAAAAAUAUUUAAUAGUGAUGUGUGCGGCUUUUUUUACAGCUCUAUUCACCUAUUGUAAGUAUCCAGUAAAAGUUUAACUCUCCUAUUAGUUACUUCAUCACAAACCUGUUAGAUUAAGAAGUACUUGUCAUUGUGGAUUUGCUGUUAGAGAAUGACUGACAGUGCUCAGCAAAGAAAGAAGGAACUAGGUAAUGGAAGUUGGAUUAAUAUAAACAAACCCUAAUCAUAUUAUUGGAAAAACUCUCAAGGUGAUUCUCUUUAAAGAGGAAGGAUUUUUUUCAGUGUUCUGUGCAAUGGAGAAUAUAUUCUCUUGGUCGAUUCCACAGUGGAUGAAGAGUUUCCUUUCUUAGAUGAAAAAACCAUAUUUUCUCUAGUAUUUCCUUCUAGUACUUUGUUGGUCUUUAGCCAUUUCAUCAUUUGCUGUAUGUACAUACCAAGACAUUUUUCCUUUAAGGAAAUGCAUAACUCUUUUGUUUUAUUGCUACAUUAAGUGAGACAAUCGAAGCUGUAUGGAGGGGAAAAACAGUGUGUGAAUAUUUCCUAUGGGUAGAACUCUAUGUAGGCUUCAUAAUGUAACUUAAAUCUGUAAUUUAUAAACAAAACUGUGUGUAAAAAUGCUGUAAUAUUAGCUGCUUGUAAAAUUUACAGAAGUUCAAGUUGUUGAGGGUUUCCAAUGAAUGCUAAAAAAGCUUCUCUUAUGUGCCCAGCAGGUAUAAGUAGCUUUAUAUAUCGCUGUCCCCACUGUAAAUCUAUUCAAACCACAUUUAGAUUUUAUGUGCAAAAUAUAAAAAAAAACCCUUCACUUUUAACCUACUGAUAGGGUUUAAUUAAUGGGCAUCAGAUUAUCUAAUGGUGUACUUUCUUUGCUUUCUUUUUUUUUUAUUUUUUAAAAAGUAGUUUUCAAUAACGUUUAGAAAAGAUGUGGCACACUGGCUUCCAGUUGCAUGAAAAUCCUGGAAAAAAAAUCACAGUCCUUUGGGUACUGACACAUCUCAUUUCCAAUCCUGGGCCAAUUAAAAAAUUGACAAAUUAAUUCAUACCUAAUGUAUACAAAGCCCUUUGUUUGCUUUGGAGACAUCAGGAGGAGAGAGUUCUGCAGCUAUUUUCAGGGAUAUGCAAAAAAUGAGCUUAUCUGUAGUUUACACAGAUUUACCAAACAUACUAAUUGUGUAAAUUUAGAAUCAUGCUGGCAGUAAUUCCUGCUAUUGUAAGCAGAAUAGUAGAAUAUCUUUAGUUUUUAGUACAGAUGCUGCUGUACCAAAUGUUUACAGAAUUGGCAGCUCCAUUGGAAAACUCUCCUUUUUUUCUUUCUUGGUUUUUCACCUGCAACAGUUCUUUUGCAGAUGAAAAUUGUAACUGAAAUUUCCUGGCAAAGAACUCGUUUCUACAAUUUUAGGAUUUUUAUAGGAAAAGGAGAAGGACCCAGAAUUAGUGAGGGUUUUUUUUCAUUGGAAGGGGAAAAAACCCAACUUCACCUAAUUUAAAUAUUUAGGGAUUACUUUGGUUUUUUCCCUAAGAUAGAGAAGCACUUAACCCUGCCCAUGCCCUUGAAAACAAACAAAAACCUAAGGAAACACCCAAACCAAACAACAAUAAAAAAAUAACUUUAACAAAAAGCAUUAUGACAAUGAGUCUGAUUAUAAAUAUUAAACAUUAUAUCCAUGGGAAUGUGUUUGAUAUUCUAAAAUUCAGUCAACACGAUACAGAACAAUUAAGUGUAUAUACACAUUCUAUCAGGAGAUAAAUUGUUCCCUCAUUUUUAUAUAUUAUAUCUCUAAUAUAUAAAAAUACACUUUUCUGAGCAGCAUGUCAGUAUCCAGAGGAAUAAUGUUACUAGAGACUCGUUACACAUCUUGCCAUAUAUAUAAAUAAUUUAUCUAGUACAUAGACUGUAUAUUUUUGUGUAUUUUUUUUCCUUUUUUAGUCAUUUAACUUAUUUUAUCUUACUUGUGUGAAUUUGUGGAGAAAACAAUUCUAUAUACAAUAUACAGUAAAAUGCUAGUUACAUGAUUAGAUUUGUUCCAUACUGUGUAACAAUAAAGGAAAACCUUUGCCUUCAAAGUGAUGUGUCACACAGUCGAGCCUAGAUUAUUCCCCCUCCAAACUCGUGCUUGCUGCACUCCUGAGUAUUGCAAAAAGGAUUAUUUCCAUAUUGUAAAGCACUCGAUGCUAAAAUAAACAAACAAACAAAAAAAAUCUUAAAAGAAAGAGCCGAGUCAAACUGUUUGAAGUGAGAGAUGCUGUUUCUUUGUUUUCCUGAGCUGUGCUGCAUUCUGAAGUGUAACUUGAUUCUAAAGAAUAAUUGAGAAUGUGUGCCUGGCCAGGCAGAACCUGCAGAGCACCUGCUCCCGGGUGGGAGCUGGCCGGAUGCAGGUCAUUUAGCUAAUUAGCAUGGCAAUGAGCCCGUGCUAAUAGGACCUGGGGGUUUGGGAAUGGCAGCUCGCACAGCAUCAGUGCUGUGGUGCUGAGCCCAGCCUUGGCAUCCCUGACCUCCUGGGCCUGGAUCUGAUGGGAUUCCCAUCCAAGAAGGGAAUUUGGCUCUGUGGUACCCUGAGCAAGCUGUUACCCAUGGGGAGCCCAAAGCCACCCCUAUUCCCCUGCUCCCAGCACAGUCCAGCCUAAGGCAGAGCCUGAAUGAUUUCCACUGGUAAUGCUUGAUUAGCUCAAGGUUGUUGGAGUCAAGCUGAGGUUUUAAAGUUGGAAAAUUUAAGCUUGGCUUUAUUUGAUUUCUCAUGUUUUCCUUUUGCAGGUUGAAUAACGACCCUUAAUCAAUGAGAAGCAAUUAAAUGAUCACACUGCAGUUUACUACCCUGAUUUAGCUGGGUAAAUAAAAGGGAAGGAAUUGGUUUGUGCAGACACAAAGUAAAGUUGAAGGCAAAGAUUUUAUUUGGUAUACAUAGGAAAACUGUGUACAACUUAUGUUAUCCCUAGUGAAGAAAGAGAUUGACGACUUCUUGUAAAUAUUUGAGUUUGUAUUUCUGGGAAAUCUCCCUGCUGUGUGGCAUACUACAGGAUCUGAGAGUGAGCAGUGUGUGUCUGUGUAUUGAAACAGCCCUAACCACACUCUACAAUUGAUGCAGCUGGACACCAUGUACUACAGCCCAGCAGCAUUUAAGUCCAGUCAAUUUGCAGUAGUUCUAUUUCAGGUUUCUGUACAGCAUGUUGUCUUGUUAAUUACAAUGCUUAUUAAUAAACUAGAUCACGAAAGCA